AUGACAAUCUGCACUUUGAGACAUAACCGUCUGGAGGAACGAUGUUUGUGGAGUCGGUGGUCCGAUGGUGGGCUUGGUGCGUUCUUCUGGGAGGCCUGGGCCAAAGAGGUCAUCUGCGCCGGCAAACAUCUGAACUCGGUGCCGGAGGGCUUUUCCAGCGAUGCCAAACGCCUGGAUUUAUCCUACAAUAAGCUUAAAACUGUGGGGCGGCGCCAGUUCUCCGGGCUACCACUCCUUCAAGAGCUGGACCUGAGCGAUAAUCUAAUCUCCAUGAUGGAAGUCGAGGCUUUCCAGGGCCUUCAAAACCUCAGGACUCUUCGGAUUAAAAAUAACCGCCUUAAGAUCAUUCCCGUUGGCGUGUUCUCAGGCCUUUCGACUCUUCGCUUCUUAGACCUGAGCCAGAACGAGAUACUGGUCUUUCUUGAUUACACUUUCAAAGAUAUGUCCAGUUUGCAAAUACUAGAAGCCACUGAAAACGAUUUGGUUUUCAUCUCCCAGCGAGCGUUUGUUGGGCUUGCAAACGUGGUGGAGUUGAACUUAGAUCGCAGUAAUCUGACUUCCAUCCCCACAGAGGCUCUUUCACAGCUCCCAAGCCUGGCUCGACUUCGCAUUCUCCGCCUUACCAUCCCCGCCAUCCCCAACAACGCUUUCCGAAGACUGCACCGACUACGCAGCCUCGUCAUCUCCAGUUGGCCUACCUUGGAUACGUUGGCCAGCAACAGCCUCAUCGGACUCAAUUUGACCUCCCUUGUUAUCAGUAACUGCAACCUGAGCCAAAUCCCUUACCCCGCCUUGCGUCAUCUAGUUUAUUUGCGCUAUUUGGACUUGUCUUACAACCCGAUCACGGCCAUCCAAGGAAACCUACUUGGAGAUCUUCUCAGACUUCAGGAGUUGCACCUAGCCGGAGGGAGUUUGCUACGGAUAGACCCUGGAGCUUUUAAAGGGUUAACCAACUUUCGCAUGCUCAAUGUAUCGUCCAACCAGCUUAGCACCUUGGAAGAGACUGCUUUUCAUUCGGUGGGGAACCUCCAGGUGUUGAGGCUGGACGGUAACCCCUUGUCGUGCGAUUGCCGCUUGCUUUGGGUGGUGCGUCGAAGGUUGCGGUUGAACUUUGACGGAGCCCAGCCUACGUGUGCGUAUCCGGACGCGGUGAGACUACGGCAGUUCAGAGACUUCUCCGAGAAAGAGCUUCCGAGACUGUUCACUUGCCGUCCGGCGAGAAUCCAGGACAGACGACCUCAGGAGGCGAAAGUCGAGGAAGGCACUACUGUCUUGUUCUCGUGCAAAGCUGACGGAGAUCCAGCUCCUGCCAUCACCUGGAUUUCGUCACACAGGAACGUCAUCUCCGCUACCGGACGAAUCCGCGUCCUUCCCAACGGUACAUUGGAAGUGCGUUAUGCCCAAGUCCAGGACAGUGGCUCCUACCAGUGUCUUGCCGGUAACGCUGCUGGUAACGACAGCCUCAAAGUCGGACUCUACGUCAAAGGGGUCCCCCGAAACAGGAGCAUUCCCAUCUUCAUCGACGACGCGUGGAUAGAGCCCACGCACAUGACCCAAACCGCCAACUCGUCAUCCCAAAUGGCCAAGCCGUACCCGUUUGACGCAAAGACACUGAUCAUAGCGACGACGAUGGGCUUCCUCUCCUUUCUCAGCUCCGUAGCCAUAUGCUUUGUCUUCAUGUUCUUCUGGAGUCAAAGUAAAGGACAGAUUAAGCACACCGCUACCAUCGACUUUGUGCCCAGGUCGUCUAUGGGAGGGGGAGGGGAAGGGAGCGAAGGCGGCAGGUUCACAAUGAAACUUAUCUGA